AUGAACGGAAGCCGAAACAACACGAAAUGCCUCGCCAACGUCGCGGCCUUUGUGAUCUUCCAGGCUGCUGUCGUCUUGAUCUUCGCCUUCACCGUGAUGCGUGUGCGCAGCCCCAAAGUAGGCCUUGGUGCGGUGACGGUCGACAGCUUCAGCGCCGGCGACGAAACGUCUUCUCCUUCCUUCAACAUGAGGAUCACCGCGCAAGUCACCGUGAAGAACACCAACUUCGGCCACUUCAGGUACGGGAACGGCACGAUGAGCCUUGCGUACAACGGCAUGGUGGUCGGGGAUGCCGCUAUCGUGAAGGGCACCCGUGCCAAGGCCAGGGAAACCACAAAGUUCAACGUGACAGUCGACGUGACCUCGGGCCGGCUUGCAAGCACGGCAAGCCUUGGGGCGGACGUGAACUCGGGGGUGUCGAUGCUGAGCGGCGACGGGAAGGUGAGGGGCAAAGUCGAGUUGCUGAAGAUGAUGAAGAGGAGGAAGAGCGGCGUGAUGGAUUGCACGUUGAACGUGAAUUUAGCCACCCGUGCCGUGAUUACUAAGUGCAAGUGA